CAGCGUGUAUGUUUACAUAAAUGAAUUUGAUCAGCGAUCAUGUCGUUUUAUAAUAACACAAACUUUAAUCUGAGCAUAUAAUCGAUGCCUCAACUGGAUCAUGAAGACACGGAGCCGCUGCUUCAGUCCUCUCACGAGGAUGAAGACGGUGAUCAAGUGUGCGGCAAGGAGAAGCUCUCUUAUGAGGUGGCAGUCGAGGAAGCAGGGUUCGGGCUCUUCCACUGGCUGCUGUUGGUCGUCUGCGGCUGGGCAAACGCCAGUGAUGCCGUGGAGAUCCUGUGUGUUUCCUUCCUCCUGCCCACUGCACGCUGUGAUCUCCAGCUCAGCUCGGCCGACAUGGGAGUCCUCACUGCCAGCAUAUUCCUCGGUAUGAUGGUGGGCGGUUAUGUUUGGGGGUAUCUGGCCGAUCUCAGAGGGAGACGCAGCGUUCUGAUCGUGUCUUUGUCAGUGAACGGCACGUUUGGGGCCGUGGCGAGUUUGGCCCCGAGUUUUUGGCUCUUUCUGCUUCUGCGGUUCUUCAGUGGAGUCGGAGUUGGUGGAUCCAUUCCCGUGAUCUUCUCGUAUUUUUCCGAGUUCCAGCCGCGACUGCGGAGGGGAGCUAUGAUCAGCGCUCUCGCCACCUUCUGGAUGGCUGGAAAUAUUUUAGCAGCAGGUGCGGCUUGGUUGGUCAUCCCCAGGACAUAUCUUAAUGUUCAUUUGAGCUGGUUGGAUUUUCAAAGUUGGCGUCUUUUCGUGGUCCUCUGCUCCAUCCCCAGUCUGUCAUCAGCGCUGAUCUUCAAGCUCUUCAUGCCAGAGAGUCCCAAGUUCCUCAUGGAGGCAGGGCGUGAGACAGAGGCUCUGUCUGUCUUCCAGAAGAUGUUUAGACUGAACAACAGAGGUGCCGUUAAACCAUUUCCUGCACAAGGGCUUGUGAUCAGACCUAAAGAUGACGAGGAGAAGAUCAGACCCAGUACAGGCUCAAGAUCUGAACGUUUCUGUGGCCUUCUCAAACAGGCACUGUCCCCCAUUAAGCAGCUGUUCGUUGGACCGCUUGCUUCCAGAAGUGUUGUUCUGCUGAUAAUAUUCUACUGCAUUUCAUUUGGGUAUUAUGGGUUGUGGAUGUGGUUUCCGGAGCUGUUUAAGAGAGCAGAAGAUGGAGGGUCUCCAUGUGCCAACGCAUCUAGAGUCCAAAGUUCAGAGAAUGAAAGCUGCUACCCUGUCAAAACUGCUGUGUACAUGGAGGGUUUCAUAAUCGCAGCCUCUAACUUGCCUGGAAACAUCUUCACGAUCUUUGUCAUGGACAAGAUCGGAGGGAAAGUCCUGCUCUCUGUCAGUCUGCUGGUGUCCAGCAUGAGUGUGUUUGUUAUCUACGUGGUGAAGACUAAAUUUCAGAGUCUGCUCGUGUCCUGUGUGUUCAGCGGAGUCUCCGUCAUCUCCUGGAACGCUCUGGACGUGGUGGGGACGGAACUCUAUCCAACACAACUACGCUCAUCGGCUCUGGGAUUUUUCACUGGAGUGGGGCGUGUAGCGGCGAUUAUGGGAAAUGUUGUUUUUGGGCAGCUGGUGGACUCUAACUGUGCUGUACCUCUGCUGCUGGUCUCUGCACUCCUGUUGGCGGGAGGACUGGUGGCUCUACGUCUGCCGCAAACUAAACAGACUGAACUUACAUGAUACACACAUGCAGUUAGCGUCAGCCAAGUCAAAGCAUGUGAUUCUGGGACCAAAAUACUAAACCAAAGAGCUUUGUUUGCAGUUUCGCCAAAUGUUGCACACGAGCACUUUUGGAAGCUUUACUUUUCUGUGCUGACUGGAAUUCUGACUUCACUCUUAAAAGAUUACAAAGACAAUCAAUGAUGAAUCAUGCAAAAUAAGACCAGGAAAAUGUAUUAAGGGUCAUAUUUGAGUUUAUGUUGACUUUGUUGUAAAUCCAUGUGGAAUCAUAGAAUAUAUGAUCAAUUUAAAGGAACAUUCCAUAGGAAUAUUUAAAGGAAUAUUUUAUAUAAUUAAUAGCUUUGACUUCCAUUGCUGUAACUUUGAAUUUUGCUUUCUAUAAAGAAAAGGAAGGAUGAGUCGAAAUGAUUGUUUGUGGUAAUCAACAUUAUGCCACAUAUGCUGCCGAUUGAGCUUAACUUGUAUUGAACCCGGAACAUUCUUUUAAAAUUUCGUUGAUUGUGUCAUUUUUGUACGAGUGUAAAUUGUUAGCUUUUUUUACAAUGGCUAUACAUUUUUUUUUAUUUAAAUAAACAGAAC